GAUGAGGGGAGGUGCUUGUAGAGGGCUGUAAAGCCUCUGUCGGUCUCUAUACAGACACACACACUCACUGACCGGUGCUGUUCAUCAUGAAUGCUAUUUAUAAUAGAUAAUAAUUCCUCGUGCACGGCUUGUUUAUUUCGUGCUUUUUUUUCUUUUCUUUUUUCAUAUUUACAGCCAUUAUGAUGCUUCAGGGCGUGCAUUAUAAUCGCUGCAUGGUCACGGGCGUAGUGCAGUUUUUGUUUUUAUUGUUAUGUUGUUGUUUACAUCUCUCUUUAAGAUGCACUGCACAUGGCGACGACAUACAUACUGAUGAACGUUGGCAUGGAGAUUCAUCUCGCAUCCAUGACAACACGGAGCAAUUUACCACUUAUCCACAGUGGAUAAGCCCAGCCAGAUCCAGAAGAUCUUAUGUAGGCACUAAGCAUCCAUCUAAAGCAGAGGUCAAGAUAACUGUAGGAGGAGAAGAUCUGAUUCUCCAACUUCAGAGAAAUGAGGAGCUGUUCUCCUCUGAAUAUCAGGAGAUAUGGUAUGAUCCAAAUGGAAAGCGUCAGUUUUCCAGGCCUUCCAACACGGAUCACUGUUAUUAUCAUGGGUCAGUCAAAGGGAUGCAGGGGUCGAGUGUCGUCAUCAGCACCUGUGCUGGAUUCAGGGGCAUGAUAACAGUAAAUAACAGCGUGAGCUACAUGAUCGAACCGCUAGCUAACCAAACACACUCUCAGGGACAUGCCAUAUACAACACCCAGAGCCUGAAACUGCCAGUGGGCACCUGCGGACACCGCUAUGGAGAUGGGAAUCACACGGAAAGCCUUCAAGAGCUGAUUGAUGUCAUGGCAAAGCCUCAGCAGACCAAUAGGGGAAGAAGGGAUGUCAGCAGUAGCAUGAAAUACGUGGAGCUGAUGGUGGUGGCCGACCAUACAGAGUUUGUGAAUCACGGUUGGGACCUUGAAAAGACCAAAAUGACGCUGCUUGAAGCAGCUAACUUUGUAGAUAAGUAUUACAAAACACUGAACAUCCGUGUGGCUCUGAUCUGGUUGGAGAUCUGGAACGAUCAAGACAAAAUCAGUGUGACCGACAACCCCUACAGCACCCUGAAUGCGUUUCUGGCCUGGAGGAGGAAACAGCUGCCACAGCUGCCCAAUGACAACGCUCAGCUAGUAACGGGCAUGUCAUUUCAUGGCACCAUCAUUGGUCUUGCACCUCUUAAAGCCAUGUGUUCUGAAUACCAGUCUGGUGGAGUCAAUUCGGACCACUCUAAAAGUGCUGUGGGGAUCGCUGCCACCAUGGCUCAUGAGAUGGGGCAUAACUUUGGGAUGAGCCACGACAGUCAAGGUUGCUGUCAUGCUGAGGAGGAUGGAGGCUGCAUCAUGGCUGCUGCCACUGGGGCUCCAUUCCCUCGUGUCUUCAACUCCUGCAAUCAGAAGGAGCUGAAACGCUACCUGAGCUCCGGCGGGGGGAAGUGUUUGUUCAACCUUCCUAACACCAGGCUCAUGUAUGGGGGCCAGCGUUGUGGAAACGGAUACCUGGAGGAAGGAGAAGAGUGUGAUUGUGGAGAAGUGGAGGAGUGCUCAAGUCCCUGCUGUAAUGCCAACAACUGCACGCUGAAGAUCGGAGCUGAGUGUGCACAUGGAGUUUGCUGUCAUGAGUGCAAGCUGAAGAGUCCAGGUGUGAUGUGCCGUCCGCCUUCAGGCUCCUGUGACCUGCCUGAGUACUGUGAUGGGAAAUCAGAGUCCUGCCCUGCUAACUUUUACCUGAUGGAUGGCAGCAGUUGUGCUGGUGGCAGUGCCUACUGUUACACAGGCAUGUGUCUGACGCUGGAGCAGCAGUGCCUCUCUCUCUGGGGCAAAGAUGCCCAUCUUGCUCCUGAUGUUUGCUUUACUAAAGUAAAUGAAGCAGGUGAUUCCUUUGGAAACUGUGGCAAAGACCUCAUGGGUGCAUACAGGAAAUGCACUGAAAGGAAUGCUAAAUGUGGGAAGAUUCAGUGCCAGAGCACUGCUAGCAAACCAAUUGAAUCCAACGCUGUCGCCAUAGACACCAACGUCUAUCAUGGUCAACAGAAGAUUCUGUGCAGAGGAACACAUGUGUACCAGCCCAGUUACAAUAAGCACAACCAGAAUGACACCCUCGACCCGGGCCUGGUUCUGCCAGGGACCAAAUGUGGGGAGAAUGCGAUCUGUUUCGAAGGGGAAUGCCGCAGUGCAUCCUUCCUGCAAGCAGAUGAAUGCAGUGCCAAAUGUCAUGGCCAUGGGCUUUGCAAUAAUAACCACAACUGUCAUUGUAAGUCGGGUUGGGCACCACCAUUUUGUGAGAUGACGGGUUCAGGAGGCAGUUUGGACAGUGGGCCUGUGAUUGUGCAUGGCAGCAUCUACUUUGUACCGGUUCUCCUUACCCUUUUUUUUCUUCUGGUAUUGGCUAUCCUUGGCGUCUGUUGGCGCCGCUGCAAACAGAAGCUCCUCCCCACCAAAGGCUCCGCACUUCCUGCUACUCAAACGUGCAUCAAUGUUCCAGACACCCCUGAGACUAAAAGUCACACAACAGGUCACACCAACCCUGUGUUCCAGCCAAAGAAAUCUCACGCUGAUGAACAGGCCAGUCCUAGAGUGAGUCGUACAGGUCCACCGAGAUCUAGACAUUCUAUCAUUCGGCCCACUGUGAAACCACCUCAAAUCCCAGCCUACACUGCAGACAAGCAGAGUUUAAAGCAUUCAGAGCUGCCUCAGCCGUCUCCAUCAGUACCCGCCAAAAGAAGACCGCUACCUCCCAACCGACCCCCUCCACCCUGUCCCAUGACCAAACCCUCCCAGACUGCUGAGAUGCUGCCUAAGAAUGGCCUGCCAGUGUCACGAGCCAUGUUGCAGAACGGGAAAUCCAAUCUGAUGCCCCCUACUGGCCACUUCCAAAACGUCAGGUGAUCAGAAGGAAGAUGUUGUAUGCUGUGAAAUGAAACGCUGUUCCAAAGGGAAGUUUCUGGAAAAAGCUGAGUUGCAGUGAAGCUUACUGGAGCGCUACAUUGAUCAGCUCUGCACCUUUAAGAUGUCCUUUAGAGUGACCAAUCAAACUGCCUCACUCAAAGAGAUGCCCGCCUUAUUGACUUGAACACAAAAUACCUUUUAACUUCAGUGUUUGUAGGGUGUGCAGUUCCACUACUCCUGUGCCAUAUGUUGCAUUUGCUUUUAUUUAUGUCUAUUUAUUACAGAGACCUCAGAGAAACAAAAAACUAUGAAGUAUGGCAUUAUAAUCCAAUAAGAGCAUGGGACAUCUGAAAGAAUAUCUUGCACCAAGAAUAUGAAAUGUAGAUUUUUGCACGCAUUAUUAACACAUUGUACAUUAUACACAUAGAGUGAACUGGAAAAUGGGAGCAAAUGAAUUGCAUCUGUUUCUUUGUCAUAGAUUCGUCUAGUUAUGAACUAACUUGCACUGUCAGUACAAUUUAGUUUAGUACUAUGGUUAAUCUGUACUCAGGAAACAGCUCUGAAAAGGAAUGUCCCAAAAAAGAAAAAGAUUGUUUUUAUAGCAAUAAUAUUUCAGAAACUUGUAAGAACUGUAUAGCACUGGGCUCUUUUUAGGUUAAAUCCUGUGUAGUCAUAUAUACUAUUUAUAGUAUGUACUGUAUAUACAGCAAGAGGUAAAAAAAUAACCUGUCUUAAAGGGUAUUUGUGAUGAUGCUGGACAAGAAUGACUUCAAAUUACAUGGUGCUUUGCUUUUGAAUUCUUAAAUGAGAGAAACAAAUCUUUAACUGCCUUUUUUGAUAAUGCUUGAUUAUAUGUUCUUUUUAAUAAGGGCAUUAACCCAGGGAAUGUAUUGAGGUUUAAAUAACCUAAAAACAUGUACAUGUGUAUCUUAAGUUUUUCUUCUUCUUCUUCUUCUCUCUCUCUCUCUCUCUCUCUCUCUCUCUUUUUGAAAAAAAUCUCUGGACAAUUAAUUAUUUCUCUCUUAAUGUUUUGGAGAACUAUGACCAAUGUAUUGGAUUACUGUCAGAUUUUUUUAUGUUGUAGUUAAACUGUUUUUAUGCAUAGUGUUAAGAUUUAAAAUGCAAUGACACCUUAACAAAAUUGUUUUUUUUACAUGAUUUUUAUUAUAUAGAUAAUUUUUAUCAUUGAAAUGAUUAUUGUGGAUGUAAAGAUGGUUUGAUGUUGCAGAUUGAAUAGGAAGUCAGAAAAAAGUCACUGUAUUUUUUAUUUGGCUUAAUUAAUUUAAUCAGUUUCUUUCAUAAAAAUAAAAAGGUUGUCCUUUAUGCAAAAUAUGCUGUAAUGCAGUGCCUUCCAUGUGACUUCAGAAAUAAAUCUUCAUCAAUUAA